UGCUUUGGUGUGGAGUUUUUUGUGCCUUUACUGAUCCUCCAGCCCUCUCAAAGCUCCACCUGUGGCCUGUGGGAAACUGGAUGAUCACACCUUGUGUCGUCUCAUUGAUCAGAAUGACAUCCACACCCAGUGGUCCCCAGCAGCCCAGGUCAGUGGCACCUCUGUAGGUCUGAGCUAUGCAAGCCUGUCAUGUAUUUUGUUUUCUUUUCUAAGGCACCCAAAAAGAAAGGUAGCAAAAAAGCCAAGGAGGGCAAAGCUGCAGCGGUGGUGGAUGCGAUCCCCCCGGAGGACAUGAGCAAGGAUCAGCUGGAGGAGCACAUUGUGCGUCUCCGGGAGGAGCUGGACCGCGAACGGGAGGAGCGCAACUACUUCCAGCUGGAGCGUGACAAGAUCCACACCUUCUGGGAGAUCACCCGUCGGCAGCUGGAUGAGAAGAAGGCGGAGCUGCGCAACAAGGACCGUGAGAUGGAGGAGGCCGAGGAGCGGCAUCAAGUGGAGAUUAAAGUUUACAAGCAGAAGGUGAAGCACCUGUUGUAUGAGCACCAGAACAACAUCACAGAACUGAAGGCAGAGGGCAGUGUGUCCAUGAAGCUGGCCCAGAAGGAGCACCGCACCCAGGAGACGGAGCUGCGCAAGGAUAUGCGCACCUUGAAAGUGGAGCUAAAGGAGCAGGAGCUGGCCAACGAGGUGGUGGUGAAAAAUCUGCGCAUGAAACAAGAGGAGGAGAUCACACGGCUGCGCAGCGACUUUGAGAGACAAGUGAAAGAGAUUGAGGCCAAGUACGACAAGAAGAUGCGCGUGCUGCGGGACGAGCUUGAUCUGCGGAGGAAAACGGAGAUCCACGAGAUCGAGGAGAGGAAAAAUGGACAGAUCAACACACUGAUGAAGAACCACGAGAAAGCCUUCAGUGACAUCAAGAACUACUACAACGACAUCACCCUCAACAACCUGGCACUCAUCAACACUCUCAAGGAGCAGAUGGAGGAGAUGAAGAAGAAGGAGGAUCAUCUGGAGAAGGAGAUGGCAGAAGUGCUGCUUCAGAACAAGAGGCAGACAGAGCCCCUGCAGCGGGCCCGGGAGGAAGUGGCUGAGCUGCAGAAGAAGCUAGCCCACUACGAGAAGGACAAGGAGGCACUGGCUAACACAAAGGCCCGUUUGAAAGUCACCCAGAAGGAAUUAAAAGACCUUCAGUGGGAACAUGAAGUGCUGGAGCAGAGGUUCAGCAAGGUGCAGGCAGAACGAGACGAGCUCUAUCAGAAGUUCACCAAAGCUAUUAAUGAAGUGCAGCAGAAGACUGGCUUCAAGAACCUGCUCCUGGAGCGCAAGUUGAAGGCCCUCUCCAACAUACUGGAGAAGAAGGAGGUGCAGCUUAACGAAAUCCUCUCAGUGUCCAAUCUUGACCCCAGCGCCCUCACCAUGGUCACACGCAAACUGGAGGACGUGCUGGAUUCCAAGAACAACACCAUCAAGGAUCUCCAGUACGAACUGGCCCGAGUCUGCAAGGCACACAACGACUUGCUGCGCACCUAUGAGGCCAAGCUCACAGCCUUCGGGAUCCCCCUGGACAACGUGGGCUUCAAACCACUGGAGACCACAGUGACGGGACAGAUGCUGGGGCAGGGCCCAGCCGGACUCGUUGCUACCCCCACCUAGCACCGCUGGGCAUGUGCUUGUUCAUCACCUCUCGGGUUACACUAAAUAUUGUCAGCAGCCUCACCACGUGCUGCUGUCCCAGCACCGCAGGGAGGGGGCUGUGCUGUCCCAGGCAGAGAGCAGGGCUGUUUGGUGGCUCUGCCUCAUUAAACAGACCCCAGAAAGAUUUUUAA